CGCAGAUCUACGAGAACUACCGCCGCCACCUGGAGGAGAAGAAGAAGUCGCAGUUCUACGACUCGGACGACUACGCUCCGAGUGGGACCUGCCCGACGAGGAGGAGGAGGCGCAGCGGGAGGCCAGGGCGUCGCCGCACCAGGAGGAGAAGUUCGAGGAGCUGCAGGCGCAGAGCGAGGAGGAGCUGUACGAGGCGCAGGAGAAGUCCAUCCGCAACCUGGAGCGGCAGAUCCGCAAGCAGAGCGACCGCGAGAAGCGCCGCCGCAGCGAGAAGCAGCAGGGCGCGCGGCGGCCGCAGGCGCAGCAGGCGCAGGAGGCGACGGGGCCGCAGCGCUGGCACUCGGCCAGCACGGGCGACCUGCGGGCGUCGCGCACGCUGCCCGUCACCAAGUUCAGCCCCGACCCCAUGGAGUUCGGCUUCCGCCCCAUCGAGCGCCCGCACGCCAAGCUCUCCAAGUCCACGGGCAACCUGA